GCUCACAGCAGUCACAGCUACAGCGGUAGGCAAUUUUGUUUAUAUUUGGAAAGUAAAAAAUUGAGAAAAUGGCACAUGUGCUUGUACCCGAAAUUCCAAGUCCUGGAUUUUCCUUCGAUUUGUGUUAUAGAAAUGGCAUGAUGGCAAAGAAAGGUUACCCUGCUCCCCAGGCACAAAAGACUGGAACAACUAUUGCUGGUAUAAUCUACAAAGAUGGUGUGAUUCUUGGUGCCGAUACUAGGGCCACUGAAAACACCAUUGUUGCUGACAAGAAAAGUCAGAAAAUUCAUUAUCUCGCCAAGAACAUGUAUUGCUGUGGUGCUGGCACUGCUGCUGACACUGAUAACACUACAGAAUUGAUUUCCAGCCAGCUGGAAUUGCAUCGUCUCAAUACUAACAGGGUGCCUCGUGUUGUAACUGCUGCUCGUAUGUUGAAACAGAUGCUAUUUCGUUAUCAAGGACACAUCAGUGCUGCUUUAGUGUUGGGAGGAGUAGAUUCCACUGGACCUCACCUGUACUGUAUUUAUCCUCAUGGAUCUGUUGAUACAUUGCCAUUUGUUACAAUGGGCUCAGGUUCACUGGCAGCUAUGUCGAUUUUUGAAAGCAGGUGGAAACCAGAUAUGUCUGAAGAGGAAGGAAAAGCAUUGGUUGCUGAUGCUAUUCGUGCUGGUGUAAUGCACGAUCUAGGAUCAGGUAACAGCAUUGAUCUCUGCAUCAUCCGCAAAGACUAUAAUGUCGACUAUCUCCGGCCGUACGAGUUGACCUGCCAAAAAGGUGUAAAGCAGGGCUCGUACCGUUUUAAAAAGGGAACAACGGCGAUUCUUACUCAAUCCGUUAGGCCCAUUAUCGUUGAAGAUUCGAGUGUGCGCUCGAUUGAGCCCGAACGUAUGGAAGUUUCGCCGUGAAAAUGUUAUGUGCAUUAAUAAGUUAACAAGUUCAAGAUAAGGGUCAAUAAAAGUGAUUUAUAUUUAUCCUUUUUCAUGGUUAUCAAUAAAAAUUUAUUUCAUA